AUGAACCAAGCCGACUUUACCUUUCAUACCAAGCAUUUACUUGUAUUACCUGCGAAUAUGGCGGAACCUAAUAGACUUAGCAAAGAAUUCAGUGGAGCUCUCCGAACAUUUGCUUAUUUCAUGGCCAGUGGUACGCAUUGUGACUUGAAAGGUGUAGAGUAUUUGGAUUUGUACGGAGAGGAACCAUCAGCCAUUGAGAUGGUGUUUGCAAUAUUUGCCAAUGUAUUGGAAUUGGAUGAAGAAGGAAAGCCUACAAAUUCAAGAUACGCACAGAAGAGAGCUUGUGCAUAUUUGCAAAAUUAUGUAAACGGGACUGAGAUCGAUCCUCCAUAUGAAGACUGGGAGACAGCGUUACACUAA